ACCGCUAGAUCGCUGUAUGCUCGAACGGAGAGUAAACUACAGUCUCAUCCGGAGAUUGCCACUCAAUACAACGAUUUUCUACGCGAAUACCUCGAUCUCGGUCAUAUGGAACCCGUCAAAGAAGGCGAGAUCCCACCGUAUACACCAGUAUACAUCCCUCAUCACGCCGUUCUACGUGAUUCCAGCGCUACCACCAAACUACGGGUAGUCUUUAACGCCUCGUGUAAAACUCGUGAUGGUACUUCUCUUAACGAUCACCUUUUGAUCGGGCCGAAGUUUCAACAAGACUUACCCGCGAUAAUCGCUCGGUGGCGUCAGUGGCGCUUUGUAUACAGCGUAGACAUCGCAAAAAUGUUCCGCCAAAUUUUAAUUGAUCCGAUCGACGCUGACUUUCAGCGUCUACUUUGGCGACCGACGCCGGAAUCGCCACUACAACAUUUUCGUUUACUUACCGUCACUUACGGAUUGGCGUCCGCGCCCUACCUCGCGAUGCGCGUUAUCAAACAGCUCGCGAUGGACGAUGGUCCUGCAUUCCCCGCUGCCGUUCCGAUUGUCGAGCAUUCGCUUUAUGUCGACGACGCGUUGUUCGGUAGCGACGAAAUUAAGGAAUUGCGUGCCGCACGGGAUCAACUGAUCGGCUUGAUGCAGAGAGGUGGAUUUCAAUUACGGAAAUGGGCCGCGAAUUCCCCGCUACUAUUAGAAGAUAUUCCGGGUAAUCAACACGAGCUCGCGGAUCAUUUUAUCGCGGCGGACGAGGCGCUAAGAGUUCUCGGCUUAUCGUGGCAACCGCACGAGGAUUCCUUUCGUUUCGUGACAACUCAGCCUGUGCUGACCAGUCCAACACGACGCUCCGUCCUAUCGUUUAUCGCAAAACUCUACGAUCCGUUAGGCUGGGCUGCUCCUGUUGUAAUUGUCGCAAAAAUUUUACUCCAGGAGCUAUGGUUGCUCAAAGGCGACUGGGAUGAUCCAAUCCCGCAGGAAUUUGUACAACGCUGGCAGAAUUACAUUUCUGACCUGCCUCGAUUAGAUUGCAUCCGUGUCCCCCGAUGGACCGGACAACACAAAGACAAUUUGUGGUUCGAGGUGCACGGCUUCGCCGACGCCUCCAACCGUGCAUACGCAGCUGUCACGUAUCUGAGGGUGGUUCACUCCUCGACUAAUUUUCAAGUCAGCCUCCUCAGCGCGAAGACAAAAGUCGCCCCUGUCAAAACUCUCAGCAUCCCUCGCCUCGAGUUAAGUGCAGUAGUUUUGUUAGGCCGGCUACUCCAGUGGACAAAAAAAUCACUUGGCUUGUCACAUGUUCCGAUUUACGGGUGGACGGAUUCCACUAUUGUACUGUCGUGGUUAAAACAGCAUCCAUCGACGUGGACCACGUUCGUCGCGAAUCGCGUUUCCGAAUUGCAAACGUCGCUGCCUUCAAUUAGCUGGAAUCACGUCUCGUCCCGCGAGAAUCCAGCCGAUUGCGCCUCGCGUGGGCUUUCAGCUGCAGAACUCGCGUCACAUAAACUGUGGUGGUCCGGACCGCCUUGGCUGAAAAGGGCCUCCACUUCAUGGCCGAAACAUAAUCCCGUUAUGGACGCGACGAACGCCGCGCAAAUUUCCGUCGAAGAACGAAAAUCUAACGCGCACCACGUCAAUGGCGAGCUAGAGUGGGAGCUUCUUCACAAGUACUCCAGUUGGACUCGACUAGUCCGAAUAACGGCGUACGUUCGCCGAUUUAUAGCAAAUUUAAAAGGGAGGACCGCAUCCCUACCGACAAAGAAGUUGCCGAUCGAUGUUGCCGAACUACGCGAAGCCGCGCGAUUUUGGGUUCGGCUCACGCAAAAAAUUCACUUCCCAAAGGAGUGGAACGCGGUCUCUAAUAAUAUUCCGGUAUCUAAAUCUAGUUCCCUGAAUACAUUACACCCCCUGAUGGGAACAGACUCAUUACUCCGUCUUGGCGGGCGGUUAAAAAAUGCCGCCCUAGGAUAUGCCGAAAGGCACCCCGUUCUGCUGCCGAAAAAUCGUGUUUCAGAGCUUCUGAUAGACCAAGCCCACCGAGCAACACUUCACGGAGGUACUCAGCUUACGUUGCGUACUCUCAGACAAAAUUACUGGAUCCUCGGUGGUCGUGGUCUUGUAAAACGGCAUAUUCGCCAAUGCGUGAUAUGCACGCGUUAUUCCGCAAGAACGUCCGUUCAGCUGAUGGGGGAUCUGCCUCCCCCACGAGUAAAUCCUUCGCCGCCCUUUUCUCAUACAGGCGUCGAUUACGCAGGGCCGUUUGGAAUAAUCUCGGUUGUCGGACGUGGUCAAAAACCCCUCAAACAUUAUGUCGCCCUGUUCAUUUGUCUCGCAACGAAAGCUAUACAUUUAGAAACUGUAGAAGACUAUUCUACAGCUGGCUUUCUUGCCGCCUUCUAUCGCUUCGUUAGUCGACGCGGCCUCCCGACGCACAUGUACAGCGACAACGGCACCAAUUUUCAUGGUGCAGAUAAAGAACUUCGUAGACACUUCCGGUCAGUGUGUGCGGACCCUGCGUUAAAGGACGCCCUCACGAACGAUGAAAUACAAUGGCACUUCAUUCCCGCUGCCGCGCCUCAUUUUGGAGGGCUUUGGGAGGCGGGUGUUAGGAGUUUUAAGUUUCAUCUUAAACGAGUUAUCGGAUCGCGUACGCUGUCGAAGACCGAAUUUGCGACUCUGCUGUGUCAGAUCGAGGCGUGCUUAAAUUCACGCCCGAUAGCUGCGCUAACGGACGAUCCCAACGAUAUGUCCGCGUUGACUCCAGGUCACUUUAUAAUAGGCCGCCCUCUAGUCGCCGUACCGGAAGAGUCAGUGCUCGAUAUCAAUGCCAACCGAUUGUCACGGUGGCAACUCGUGCGAGCGAUGCAAGAGCAGAUUUGGCGCUCUUGGUCGACAGAUUAUUUGCAAUCGUUACAAACUCGUAAAAAAUGGUCUACGCCGCAAUCGGCCGUAGCAGUAAACGAUCUUGUCAUCGUGAGAAAUCCGUUGUUGCCCCCUUCAAAGUGGGAGCUAGCCCGCGUGGUGCAAGUGCAUCCGGGCUCGGAUGGAUAUGUUCGCGUCGUCACGGUGCGUACGGCAAACUCUCAAUACAAACGUCCAAUAGCUCAAAUCUGCCAUUUACCGGUAUCCUCCGGGAGCGAUGCAUUGGAGCUAAAGACUCCUUAA